UGUUAGGACGAGUGGCCAUAAUCGUUACAUUAGCGUGAGUCUAAUCACGUGAAAAAAAGGUGUAUGAAAAGUUGAAAACAUACCCCCCGCUGAGAAUAUCGUGAAAAUAUGCGAAGAAACAAUUCCUUGCUCUUCUAACACGUGAGAUGUACGACAAAAUUCUUCUAGUGACGGAAAAAUUGACGUCAAUUCGAAAAAAAAAUUAUCACGACUACGAGUGCGCGUAGCGUACAUACCACUCGUUUCCRUGGCGUKUGAGCACCGGAAUACCUCUCACGAAGCAUUAUAACAACACUCUUCUUUUUCUUCCAACCAUCUACAGUAAMGAUCUUAAUUGCAAUACCCACUCUAUUGACUACUCAUACAAAUCAUCGAACCUGAAAAACUUAAGUAGUUGAAGCAAUCAUAAUGGUGCCACGAGGUAAAGUUGGAAAUUCUCAGCAUUUCCCCACCAAUCUUCACAUCUUAUUGGAUGAAGCUGAGAAAGCAGGUCAUGCUSACAUUGUUUCCUGGUGUUCCCAAGGCCAAUCUUUCCGAAUUCACGAUUCAGAGGCUCUAGUUCCUCUUCUAGCUAAGUAUUUCCGCCAAACGAAGUUCAAGUCCUUUCUCCGUCAACUCCAGUCGUACGACUUCAAUCGAACGACUCGAGGAUGCGAUAAGGGAAUUGUGUCGCACCCGCUCUUCGUGAGAGGUAGACGAUCUUUGUGCUUUCAAAUGACAAGAAAGCGUGCGGUUACUUCUACUGUAUCUCAAUCUGGCCUUGGUUCCAGCUCGGAUUUGUUGUUUUCCCGAUCCGCUGUUCCCAGCAACGGUAUCGCACCCAUUCGAAAAGCCUUUUCAUCUUCAGCCAUCCGUAAUCAACGCAUGGAAUUGCAGAGGCUUGCGAAAUAUGCCGGGAUGUCGGAAAUGAAGAACGCUACCUUCGACCUUCAGGGGAAUUCAACGGUACUGAAGCAGCCGGUGAURUUUGAUCCCAAGCUUGCCUUGAACAGCCAUGUCCUCAAAAAGGCAACCUCAGAUCCUGAUAUUGCCAAACGUCCUUCGCACGCUCUCAACUACAAGACACAGCAAAAGAGAGGAUAUCCUGCGCCAACCAUUAUGAAGAAUCCUCAGCGAGGUAAUGUUUUGGAAUGUACUGGAAUCGAUCACUCGUUGAAAGCCAAUGUGUGCUUAAGUGACGUGCGAACCUCUCAAGAAGCCUGUCGCGAUUCGAUCAUCGAAUCAUCUUCCACGAUGUGUGGCAACCCACAGCAAGUUCCUUCGCAGCACGAAGCUUUCGCACACAGUCAUAGGGGCCAGAACUAUGGUGAAGGCUAUCGCGUUCAGUAUGUGCAAGAUCAAGUACCAUGUGGUGGUCAAGAUAAAGAGUGCCAAGGGCGACAAUCGAAUUCACUGCAAAGUAAAGUCCAGCCACAGACAACACAACGUCCAAAGAGUGACGAAUCACAAMACCAAGUGCAACAUCAAACAAUUCCCCAUGACCAAAGACAUGCACGACAAGGCCAUUACCAACAGGCGCAAGUACGRGCACAGAAUAUACAGCACCAGCAAAAUACUCAACCCCAAGCUGAAUUGGUGUACUCCCAAAACAACACGCUUAUUCAAAUCAAGGAGCUGAGGGAAAACAUGACAAAGCAGUUGGCGUGCGGUGAUCAAGGAGAUCAACAUCCGCCUCUAAAAGUCCAAAGUCAUGGUCAAAUUCACAACACUAAUGAGACCCAUCUAGCUCAACACGAAACGCUCUUCCAGCAACAGAUGGAACACUUGCGUGUACAACAUCAGCAUCAUCAACGUAUGCUUUCACAGCAUCAUCGUCAACAGCGACAGCAGCAACAGCAGCAGCAGCAGCAACAGCAACAGCAACAGCAACAGCAGCAGCAACAGCAACAGCAGCAGCAGCAGCAGCAACAACAACAACAGCAUCAUCAUCAUCAACAGCGGCAGCACCAUCAGCGGCAGGAUCAACAGCAACGGCUUCUGCUUACACUGCAACGCUAUGAGCCACAAGGAAAACAACAGACUCAAUUUGCACAGCCAUCUCUUUCGCUUCACCAGUCCACUCAAAUGUACCCCAAUUCAACGCAUUACGAGCCUGUUGCUCCCGUAGAGUCAUCAUCUAAUGAUGAUGUUCUAUUGGGUUCUGGUCCUCCCGUUACUCCAGAUUGCAGCUAUCAUCAAAGCCCAAAAUCUACUGCUUUGUAUAUUCAUUCUGCUCCACCAAGUGAUUUCAACUUAUCUUUCUCCACAACCGAAUUCCAAGUUGACUAUGGAGUGAAGGGCGACGACAGCAAGUUUUCUACUUUGAAGGCUCCCACUCCGAUUGAAGGGGAUGGAACUUGUGUUACUACCAGUGCGCCGUCAUUCUCUGCAGCUAUUGCCACGAAUGCUUAUCAAACUGGUGAACUGACUUCCUCGGACGUCCUCGCCACUGGUGGCUACAGUGCAAUGCUUCAUCUUACUACAGCGAAGUCGUUGGAGCCGUCUCAGAAAAAACAUACUGUCGCACCCACAUCUUUCUCGCAUAGUAAUAAUCAGCGACAACAACAGUAUCAUGAACAAGAAUAUAAGCUUCACCAGCAGCAACAAUAUCAACCACCCGAGCAACAGCAGCAGUAUUAUCAGCAGGAGCAACAGCAGCAGCACUGCGAAAAGGAUGAUUUUGGUGUACUGCCUCUCACCACUUUGAGCAGGAUCGAAUCUGGCACUGUAGAUUCUCAUCUGCGGAAAGGCGAGGGAAUGGAGGAAUGGGAUCUAGAUUUAUUGUUGUGAAUGUGACGAAUGCAGCAAAUGAACUUCGAGAUAUCAAUUUUUUUUCUUCAAUUUCUCUCAAUGAAGUUACAUUUGUUGAAGGUCAUCCAGGGGGGUCUUCAUUUUGUAUAUAAUUGUAUUAUCAUUUAAUGCACAAUCGAAUAAAGCAAUAGAAAGUUGUUAUGCAU